GAGCGAGAGAGAGACAGAGAGAGAGGAAGCUGUAUAGCAACAGAGCGAAGGAGAGGAACUAAGCAAAAGGGAGAGAGAGGAAAAAAGCUGAAUUAAUUCAGGCUGAAUGGGAGGGAGGGAUGUUGCUACCUCUGCCGGGGCUCCAGUGCCUUUGCUGUGCCUCUCUGUGUAGCUGGAGCUGUGUUGUGUAGCUGUGGCUCUGCUCUUUGUAGCUGUAGCUGCUGGUUUGUGUUGUGAGGGGCUCGCUGCUCUGCUCACGGGGGAAGGGAGAGCACGGACUGCCUAUCAACCCAUACUGAAGGAAGGAACACACACACAGACAGCAAAACUACUGGGAUGGGCAGAGGUCAUUAUAGGUCAUUGGUGCAGCAGACCUGCUAAGAGACCCUGUGUGGACUGACUGUGGGCUGUGGACAUAUCACUUCCUACCAGAGAUGAGGGGAACAGCUUGAGUCUGACGUCAGAGAGCGGGGAAGACCUAGAGACCUGCCUCUAGCUGGACCUCCAUAUCACAUAUUGCCCGUCCUUAUCCCCCUUCCCCCACCCCACCAUCUCUGGCAUCUGUUUCUACCACCACCUCCACUCACUGGGAAGGAUUUGGGAUGACAGUUAACCUCCUCAGCUCUACCUCACUCCUCUUCACCACCCAGGGAUAACCAGCACUAGAACCUCUGUACCCCGAGAGGCACACUUACCAUCCUCCCUCACCUCCCCCAGCUGGCAUCAUGAUGGGAGAUGGAGUUGGGAACUGGGAGUGUUUGAGUCCGUCUGAGUUUGGACAGCUGCAGCAGUACAGCGAGUAUUCCACCAAGAAGCUCAAGGAUGUUCUGGAGGAGUUUCACGGUGAAGGAGUCCUCUCCAGGUACAAUCCCGAGCAGAAGCAAGACGUUCUCAACCAACCCAUAGACUAUGAGGGUUUCCAGCUCUUCAUGACCACAUACCUGGAGAACGACAUCCCUGAGGAGCUGUGUCAGCACCUGUUCACCUCCUUCAAGAGCAAGACAGGGGGCUGCUCUCCUGAGGUGCCCCGUGCUGGAGCAGGACUGCUGGAGCCACGUUCCAUUGAUGCAGGCAUCUCUAUACAGACUGAAGUGGCCUGUGCCCCCAUAACAGGAAUGAAUGGGAAGAGCAUCCUGACAGCAAUGGGCCGGCACACACCAGAGCAUUCCAUUGUGAUGGCCACAUGUUCAGGUGCCGUGUCUACCUCUCCCUGCUCCUCCCGGUCCUCCUCACAGCACUCUGGGACAGGGGCCCACACACCCGGGGGUUCCUACCACUCACCUGCCUGCACCCAAGCCAAACUCUUCACAGGUAGCAGUAGUAAUGCUCUGACCCCCACCCCAGCCAAGUCCCCUGCCUCCCCUCGCCUCUCCCCAGAGAGGAUCAGAGCGGAGAAGAGGAGGAGUCCAUCACCCCAGAAGGGCUCCCCUUUACUCUCCCCCCAGGUGGUGUUUCUGAAGGACAUUGUGUGUUACCUGUCCCUGCUGGAGAGGGGCACACCAGAGGACAAGUUGGAAUUCAUGUUCCGGCUGUACGACACAGAUGGCAAUGGAGUACUGGACAGCUCGGAACUGGACCGCAUCAUCAAUCAGAUGGUCCACGUGGCAGAGUACCUGGAAUGGGACUCUACAGAGCUGCGACCAAUCCUGAAGGAGAUGAUGGAAGAGAUAGACUAUGACCGGGACGGAACAGUCACCCUGGAGGAGUGGAUCAGGGGAGGCCUCACCACCAUCCCUCUGCUGGUCCUGCUGGGCAUGGAGACGAAUGUGCAAGAGGAUGGGCAGCAUGUGUGGAAAUUAAAGCACUUCAACAAGCCAGCCUACUGUAACUACUGCCACACCAUGCUGCUGGGAGUCCGCAAGCAGGGCCUCUGCUGCUCUAUAUGCAAGUACACAGUCCAUGAACGCUGUGUGUCCAAAGAUAUCGCUGCCUGCAUCAGCACCUACGCCAAGUCCCGCAGACACACUAAUGCUAUGCAGCACGUGUGGAUGGAGGGAAACUCUCCUACUAAGUGUGACCGCUGUCACAGAAGUAUCAAGUGCUACCAGGGCUUAACGGGCCUACACUGUGUGUGGUGUCAGAUCACUCUCCAUAAUAAGUGUGCGUCCAACAUGAAACCAGAGUGUGAUGGAGGAGCCCUUAGAGACCACACUCUACUCCCAUCCUACAUCUGCCCUGUAGUCCUGGACCGUCAUUCUGUUGUGAAGCGGGGUGAAGGGGACUCCCCGCCCAGCACCAGCCCUGAUAACCCGAGUCAAAGCUUCAAAUUCACAGGAGACGGACAAGCACUGCAGAUCACUCCUCUCCCAGGCACACAUCCCCUCCUGGUCCUGGUCAACCCAAAGAGUGGCGGGAGACAAGGGGAGCGGGUAUUGAGAAAGUUCCAGUACCUGCUGAACCCCAGACAGGUGUACAGUCUAGACCGAGAGGGACCCAUGGUGGGGCUCAACUUCUUCCAUGAUGUCCCUGAUUUCCGGGUGCUGGCAUGUGGAGGGGAUGGGACAGUGGGAUGGAUCUUAGACUGUAUUGACAAGGCCAACUUCACCAGAGAUCCCCCUGUGGCCAUCCUCCCUCUGGGCACAGGGAAUGACCUGGCAAGAUGCCUACGCUGGGGCGGUGGUUAUGAAGGAGGCAGUCUUCUGAAGUUCCUGCGGGACAUAGAGCACAGCACAGAGAUGGUUCUGGACCGAUGGAACAUCGACAUAGUCCCUGUUGACAAGGAGGAGAAGGGAGACCCUGUCCCCAACAGCAUCGUCAACAACUACUUCUCCAUCGGAGUGGAUGCGUCUAUCGCUCAUCGCUUCCACUUGAUGAGAGAGAAGCACCCAGAGAAAUUCAACAGCAGAAUGAAGAACAAGUUGUGGUACUUUGAGUUUGGCACCACAGAGACCAUCUCCGCCACUUGCAAGAAACUCAACGAGUGUAUCGAAGUGGAGUGUGAUGGUAUCAUCCUGGACCUCAGCAGCACGUCGUUGGAAGGCAUCGCCGUCCUCAACAUACCCAGCAUGCAUGGCGGCUCCAACCUGUGGGGCGAGACCAAGAAGAGGAGGAACUACAGCCGCAUGAGCAAGAAGGUUCCAGACAGGAUGCCCACCAGUACCGUCACCGAUAUAAAGGAGCUCAAAUUCUGUGUUCAGGACCUGAGCGACCAGUUGCUAGAGGUGGUGGGUCUGGAGGGUGCCAUGGAGAUGGGGAAGAUCUACUCAGGCCUGAAGAGUGCUGGCCGCAGACUGGCCCAAUGUGCUAACGUCACCAUCAGGACAUCCCGGCUGCUGCCCAUGCAGAUUGAUGGGGAGCCUUGGAUGCAGCCCCCAUGCACGAUCAAGAUCACACAUAAGAACCAGGUUCCCAUGCUACUGGGCCCUCCUCAGAAGACCCCCUUCUUGUUCUUCAAGAGACGCAACAGAAGUCGGGACUAUGAGUGAGGAGGACACUUCAAACUCCCCCCUCUUCACAAACACAUUCACCAACCCCUCGGGACAACUCAAUAGGUCCCACAGACCAAGGCAUUGCCCCUUGGACCUACAGUACCACUUCAGAAUGAACUGACUUCCUCUCAGUGUAAUGACCACUUCCUGUGUAUCCAUGUUCUAGCUUCUAGAACUUCCUGUGAACUCUGAACUCUGAACUCUGACCCUGCCACUGGCACACUAGCUCAGUCAACCUCAGCUCCAGACUCAGCUUCAGCCCCAGACCCAUCAGUAAUGCCACACUGCCUUGGCAAAACACAGUGCCAGCAGAAUAUGGGUUCAUCUAGGAUACUGCCUUGGUUCUCAAAUGGAGGGAUAGAGAGAUGGAGUGAUAAGGAAACACAUAAAGAGAGAGAGAGACAAAGAGAGAAGCAGCAGAAGGGGAAUGGGAAGAGAAGAGUAGAAGAAAAGAAAGAGUGCAAAAGAGCGAGAGCAAGGGAUGGGAUGAUUGACAUACAGCAGAUGAAAGUAGUAUGGCUGUGUUGUGUGCGUGCGUGUGUGCGUGUGUGCGUGUGUGUGUGUGCGUGUGUGUGUGUGUGUGUGUGCAUGUGUGCGUAUGUGUGUGCAUAUGUGUGUGCAAGUUCUCCUCUCUCUUUGAGGAGCCUGUUGAAUAAUGGAUCAGAGCUUGUAGAGUAUUCACUCCAGUGUCUCUCCAUGGCACAGAACACUGCACUGCCUGAGAGAUGAAACGGAAAGAGAUCAUCUAUUAUUGACUGCUUCGUUUACGCUUGACGGUGGCAGCAGGGCAAAACACACAGUAACAAUGGCCUGGGAAGCAUGGGAAACUCAAACUAACAUGCAGGGAUUUUUGCCCCCCAGCAUAUUUGCUCACAACAAGCAUCUUUAGCCUAGUUUUGUAGAAUAUCAAUAGCUGAUCUGGUGUCAGGUCAAACAGAUGGCAAGGACUGGAGGUUUUUCUGUUUAUCUUCAUGUGGCUUAUUCACAUACUGUAGACAGGUCACCCACCAUCUUAGUAAGUGUAUAAACCCCUCUGAGACUCAGUCACACAGGUCCUCAACUUAGACUGGUUUUAUUGUUCUCCUCCAAAUGGCAAGGCCAUUGGUCCUUCGAGCCAGAUCAGUGGAACAGAGCCCAGUGUACAGGGGAGACCAAAAGAGGUUGGAGAGAGACGUGGACCUUACUUAUAUGUAUCACUGUGGCGACGUGAGAUGAGAGCGGAGUCCCAUGUCCCCCUCAGAAGUGCCGAGUAGGAUCAGCUAUAGGUUGAAGAAAGAAACCCAGUGUAGAGAAGACCAAAGGAGUUUGGGGUGAGGAGUGAGGAGUGGACUAGAUAUAUAUCACUAGAGAAUGUGAGAUAAGUCUGUUGCCCAAUCAGAGAGCCCAGUAGGACCUCUGUAAGAGCAGAGUUCAGUGUAGAGGAAGAGGUGACUGAAGGAGGGUAGGUCCUUACUGUAAUGUUACAUGUAUCACCGUAGAGAUGAGAGAAGUCCCGAUCAGAAGUGCCCACUAGGAUAGCUUUAGGUUGAAUAAGCAUUAGUACCUGCUGCCCAGUAGGAUAUCUAAAGGUUGAAUCAACAAGCCUCAUCCAUAGGUUGAAUCAACAAGCCUCAUCCAGCUACAGAUGUCCCAGAAGACUUUCAGAGAUUGAAAUGGAUUCAGCUAACUAGUGCUGGUAUAUAACAGCCUGCCCUGACUGCCCCAGGCCUUAGGGGUCUGAUUUACCAUAGCGUGGACAGGAACUAAAUUUAACCUGCUAUUUCGGGAGGAUCUAUCCUGUGAAACACUAUUCCUAAUUACAGUGUAAAAACAUUAGCUCGCAAUGGGAAGUGUCCAAGAGUGCAAAACUAGGAGGCCAGUGAUGAGGGCUCGCUGGCUGUAAAAUGGUGGGUGUUAUUCAAAACAUGUUUGUUGCUGGACGGCACCAUUGAAGCAACAGGAAGAUAUGUUAUCAAUUGAAAUGGGCUGAACUGAAAAUCACACAUAGGAGUCAAACCUAACGGCAAAAGCUGAACAGGCAAGACACCUGUGUGGCAGAAUGUGGUAUCCAUCUACUAAGAUAUACCACUACCCGUAUGAAUGUGGUAUCCAUCUACUAAGAUAUACCACUACCCGUAUGAAAAUAUUACUGUCCCAACUAUAGUGGCCAACUAUAUAUGUGUAGAUACAGUAUUUGUAUAUUCUGGAAGAUGUGUAUUACACAUACAUUUUUAUUUUAUUUUAUUGAACCUUUAUUUAACUAGGCAAGUCAGUUAAGAACAAAUUCUUAUUUACAAUGACGGCCUGGGAACAGUGGGUUAACUGCCUUGUUCAGGGGCAGAAUGACAGAUUUAGUUUUUGUGUUUUUAAUAAUAUAUUAUAAUAUAUUAUUAGUGUAGAGCUUUGAGGCAUCCCACUGGGCAAACACUGAUUGAAUCAAUGUUGUUUCCAUAUCUGUUCCACGUUGAACCAACGUAGAAUAGACAUCGAAUUGACAUCUGUGCCCUGUGGGAUAGUUUAGAAGAGUACAUACAGAUCAGUGUUCUUCAGUGGGUCACUUGAAUAACAGUCUGGGGCUGGUUCACAACACAUUCCCUUUGGUGUUGAGCACCCUCAUACCCUAGGAUGUAGGGGUUAGGGUGCAGGGCCCAGGGGGGUGGGGGCAGUGAGCCUCCAUGGUACACUGAGUGUUUGUCCCAAAUGGCACCCUAUUCCAUUAGGUGCCAUUAGGACUCACCAGAGCACCACUCAUGGGACGAGGCGUUGAUGUCUUCGCCCCGAGUUCCCUUUAAAACCACACUGAGCCGAGACUCUCGUGUCCAGGCUCCACUAAACAGAGACACAUGUCCAAUGACCAUGGGGUAGAGGUAAAACAUUGGUUUAGUCCCAAGGCACCCUAAUCCUAAUAUAGUUUACUGCUUUUGACCAAAAUCCUAUCAAAAGUAGUGCACUAUAUAGGGAAUAGGGUGCCAUUUGGGACACAGCCUUUAUCUCUGUGGACCACAGGGUCUGUCUGACCCUGCAACACCUCUAACCAGUACAUAUGGGAAACAUUUCAUUGACCACAUCACCUCUACAAUCCUAACAUAGCAUCAUUGGUCGACGGUCAUUGGACACAUUUUUUGCGUGUAGUCCUUACGGAGCCUGGAUCGAGGCGACUCAGUAAAAAGUGUGCAUGUUUACAGUUUACUUUUCAUUAAUGGGAAAAGGAUGAUUUUAAAUUGAAACCCUUUUAAUUAUGUGUAAAUAGAUACUUGAUUAUAUAUUUUAUCUCACCACCGCAUGCCUGCUGAAACAAAGGAGACAGAAAGAAAUGUCUGUCUGCUUGAGGAGAGACCACGCUGAUUGUUGCAACCCUCUCCCUCAAGCUAGGACCUGUCCUGCUGUCGGGUGAUAUUAGCUAUUCAACCCCCUCAACCAAUCCUUUGCUUAAAAACCCAUGAUCUUGUGUAUUUACUUUGUCUUUCCCUAUUGGUAGCUAACAUAACAUGUUGAUACUUCUGUGCAAGAAAAGGACAGUGAUGGCUUGUCUUGGUCAAAUAGAGAGACUUUCCAGGAGAAAUGUACACCAUUGCCAAGCGGCCAUUUUGUGUUUCAUCAUCAGGAGAUGGAAGAGAGACACCGACACGACAUCACAACCACAGAACUUAAUCCUAUCAGACGCUAUAUCAAUCUUCAAUGUUUGUGUCAUUCACCAGUUACCACUCAUCUCCAAUUCCGGUCAUCAGAAAUGACCAUCCUCUUACUCUGUGUUGCAAUAACUCACUGCCAUCACCAACUACCCGCCUGGUCUGUACCAUCACUGCCUAUGGUGUUGGUCCACUUCCACUUCCAACUACAUCCACUUCUAAGAGGAUUUGGUUUAGCCCAGGUUGUCAACGACAUCUGUAGAAUGUGGCCUCUCAUCAUUUUAAAAAGUAGGAGGGCCGGUGUGAAAACAUCUGUUUUCUUGUUGACAGAGUGUCCCUUGGCGGGUCCUGGAAAAGGCUGCCGUUUGGGACGACGCCAGUAAGUUUUCCACCGUGAUGCAGCAGGAAUUUCUAUGUACUGCACCACAUCCACUGUUAUAAACAUAGCCAUAGCGUGUGGCCGUGGCCACUGUCUUUGUUGAUGUACAUGAUGUGAUGUGACUUGUUGAAACCACGCUGCCUCUGAGGGAACCUAAUGUAGGAGGUGUAAAAGAUCCCCGACAUACUGGUCUUGACAAGAAGAAGAAGAAACAACUGUCAGGGGAGGUUCUCUUCUGCACUGUUCAACCAAUCCAGUAAAUGUGGAGGAGGAGUUAAGAUGGAGUGUCACCUUGCUAAUGUCCAAAAGCGGAAAUCGAGUCACAGGUUCCACUGAAAACCGGAACAUCCGGUUGUUGGGAACUCGGCAGAGGCUAACUCUGAGGUGACCUAGAGGAGGGAGUUUGAGUGGCGGUUAAAGGGGGUGUUUGUGGUGGUGUUUGUGGUAUAUCAAAUAAACCAAUUAUGAUGAUAGUGUACACAGUCUAUUACAAUUAGGAUUGUGUAGUUAAUAUCUAAUAUCACUAAUAUCUACAUUCUUCCACUGAAUUGAGACAACCGGGCACAAAAAAGUCUCCCAUAUCCACGCAAGCAUACCAUUUAGAAUAUGGCCAAUACGUUGCUGCAUUUUAAGUAGUAUUUCAGUUGAGAUUAUUGGAAUGGAGCCAAAGACAGUCUUCGUCACCAUCCUCCCCAUGUGUAACUAUUAUCCCCUUGUCUCCACUGUCGCUCCCGCUUCCGACCUUGUUUUAUUUCCACCUUCAGAGACUCACAUAGGCAGUGAGGUGUAUCGUACUGUCACUGUCGUUGGUGCAAUCCUAUUCUUAGGCAUGGGCAGAUUAACUACCAGUAUUGAGUGACACUAGUGACCAGGACACAUGCAGUAGAUCCAUGCAUACAGUCCAUUUCAUUCCUGAGUGUGAUGUUCUACAUGUAUGCAUAAACCCAUAGGGCUGUUGUGUUUACCAUAGAAACAUCAUUAAUAGAAAGGGCUUAGAACAUUUGACAAUAGCAAUUUGACUGCUAAAUUCAUGGGUACACUCAAAAUGGCUGCCAAUCCUCCCAUUAUUGCAUCAUUGACUUGAAUGGGGAGGCCCGUUCUACUUAUUCUAGUUCUGUGGUGUUUACCCCCUCAGGGUCAGUGUGGUAUGUAGCUAUCCAUACGCCUGUAGCACCCAAUGAGGAUCAAGGGCAGACAGUGACAGUAGCCCCCCCCCCCCCCCCCCACCCCACCCACUCCCUCUCUGUGAUUGGACAAAAGGAGGACUGUGAAUCAAUAUUCUCAUCGUGCCCUAGCUGUGUCUACUGUCUGUCAUUCUUCCACGCCGGUAUGUUUGUUAGCUGUAUGUUGGCAUCCUCCAUUUUGAUGGACAAAAGAUUUAUCAAAUAAACAGAGGUUGAAU